UACCAGCACAUGAACCGAUUUGUGCUAAACUAUUGAAAAUAUAGACUGGACAGAUGUCUUCUACACACUUGUAAUAGAUUUCAAUGUUUCAACGAUUACAUAUUCUAGGUUAUAAACAUAACGAAUUUAUGUGGGGAAGUCUCAAAUACGAGAUAAGAUGACCAGUAACGUGACCCCGAUGUCAUUUCGUUAUCUAUCUAACCUACUUACAGUUCAGCAUACCGGUGAAUCCUUCGAAGUUAUUAUAAUGAAUAUUACACAACAGAUAGUCUGAUCGGGAAGUUCAGAUAUGUUCCUCUCUGUGUUAACGUCGUUUUUAAAUAUCGCCUUUUUCGUCGAUGCAGAUAUUGAUCCGAAUUUUCAAAGUUUGCAAAAUCGGAUUAUCUCUCUAGAACGAAUCGUCCAACAAAUCAGUGCCGAUUUCAAAGAUCUGGAACAGCAACAUACUCUUUUGGAAUAUAAAUACCAAGCGCUUUCAGAUGAGAUAAAACAAUUCAGGAGGGCCGAUUCAGGAGAGGAAAGUCGGAUCAACUUUUCACGAAUGACCACAGAAACUUCCCAUUACAAUGAGCGAAGUAUACUUACAAAGGGACAGAAAGGGGAUAAAGGUGACCCUGGUCAACGUGGGCCUAAAGGAGAAGCAGGAACAAAUGGAUUCAAUGGGGACGAUGGGUUUGACGGACAAAAAGGAAUGAAAGGAGACCAGGCCAGAAAUGGUUCAAAGGGUGAUACAGGCCCUCAGGGGGUACCAGGACCGACAGGUCACACCGGGCAUAUAGGUGUAAAAGGAGAUAAAGGUGAACCAGGACAACCUGGGUCCGUUGAAGCAAAGGGUACGAAAAUGGCAUUUUCUGUGUCAAAUUUCGAAACAACUCGGGUCAACCAAUCACCAAUCAUACUUACGUUUGAUGACAUUUAUUCAAAUUUCGGGGAUGAUUAUGAUUCCAGGACGGGCAGCUUUAUAUGUACAACUCCUGGAACAUAUGUCAUCACGUGGGCUACAGAGGUAGAAACAAAAUACAGCCGUACGCUCGUAUUUACAGAAAAAUGGAAAGACAAUUAAUAUGCUUGCUGUUACUUCUCCAACACUUUCGUCGAGCAGUGCUUCUCAGACAAUCAUUCUGCACUUAAACAUACACGACAGGCUGCAUAUUGAAGCACUAUCAAUUUCUUCAAUUUCUGGGGUCAUCGUUCGAAGUUCUUUCUCAGCAUUUCUGCUAUAGUAAUUUUUUUUCUUGGGAGGUGGGGGUAUAUGUAUUCUUGAAGCUUUCGAUCCGAGUCCAUUGCUGAAAACUAUACCAGACGAAUCAUAACGCCAUGUCACAUAGACUCGAAGCUGUCAAGAUACAGGUGAAGCCACGUAGUAUUCUCCAUAUUCUACAAAUAUACAUGUACCUUUGACGGGCCUUUUAAAUUGACUCCUGUGACGGGUAGAUUGCCGUGGUUCGAUAGUGAAGCUAUGUUAAUUCCGUCUCUACAACAGUCUAUGUGAUGAAGCAAACGUUUGACCGAAAUAUUUGUUAAAACGAAUUACUGAUCAAUAUUAGUCCUCAUACUCUGUUAUUCAUCAAUUCAUUGUUUGGGAGAAAGCAGUAUACUAAACAUCGGAUUUAUUAUAAACUUUUAAAAGGAUUCAAAAUUAAAAAGUUAAAAUCCACAAAUCACUCAUUCAAACAGAACUGGUUGUAAAAGACAUUUUAUGGUAUAAAGAUAUUGCACGUAAAUAAUCAAAUAUAAGCGAUGCAGAAACUGUAUCGAAUAUGCACUUUUACCAUACGUGCCAACUUCAAGUUUAACAUCGCGGUUAUUUGUUUGUUAACAUUGAUCUUCCAUGGUACAAAUUGUUUUCCGAAUCCAUUUUGAUAGGGUUUGUUAUCAAUAGAUUACAAUUUGAAUAUGAAAGUCUAAUGUCGUUUUGUUAUAGGUCAAGUGAUGCCUAGCAGCCUGAUCAGCUUUCUCAUUUCCAAUUAUUCCAAUAUUGAAUCCAAAACAGGACAUGGUGAAUGACCUUAGCUGUUAAUAGGACGUUUAACAAAAUAAACCAAACCAAACAUGGUGACAUGUCAUUAGAAUUUUAUUGAAGAAAAACUACAUUUACUACUGUUAUUAAAAUAUUUGGAUUUUGAUACUUUGAGGUACUGAUAAAGAAUCCAAGCAGAUCAGCGUCUUGGUAAUAUAAAAACAUGGCGGACUUAUUUUGGGAAGAAAAAAAAACUAAUAAUCAUAAAUAAUCGAAAGUAAGGGAGCGUUGAGAAACAUAUUGAAUCAUAAUUAUGAUACGAAUUUACGUCGUUUUGUUAUUUUGGUUUGGUUUAUUUUGUUACGUCCUAUUAACAUCUAAGGUCAUUUAAGGACGGCCUCCCGUGCGUGCGACAUGCAUGCGUGUGGUGAAUGCGUAUGUGUGUUGUGGGAGGCUGCGGUAUGUUCGUGUUAAGUCUCCUUGUGAUAGGCCGGCACUUUUCCCGAUUUAUAGUGCUACCUCACUGAAGCAUACUGCCGAAGACAAGCAUCGUUUUGUUAUAGGUCAAGUGAUGCCUAGCAGCCUGAUCAGCUUUCUCAUUUCCAACUAUUCCAAUAUUGAAUCCAAAACAGGACAUGGUGACAUGUCAUUAGAAUUUUAUUGAUGAAAAACUACAUUUACUACUGUUAUUAAAAUAUUUGGAUUUUGAUACUUUGAGGUACUGAUUAAGAAUCCAAGCAAAUCAACGCCUUGGUAAUAUAAAAACAUGGGGGAAUUAUUUUGGGAAGAAAAAAAAAACUAAUAAUCAUAAAUAAUCGAGAGUAAGGGAGCGUUGAGAAACAUAUUGAAUCAUAAUUAUGAUACGAAUGAGUCGGUGAGAGAAAGCACGGGUAUUUAUAGGAAUCGAUUAUUAUCAUAUUGCUCCUAAUAAGUCAGUAUCGAUGUACCCGGAACAAUAUCACUUAAAAGCAGACGGAAUAAAAAACAAUGGCAGUAGUUGGCUAAAUCUUGUUGAAAAGUUGUUUAUGCUGACAGCCAGAAAUACAAAUAUGAGUUAAAUUAGCCUCAGCAUUGUGUGGUAAUUUCGGGGACUGCGUUACCACCGGUAGUACUCUAGGAUGUCUUCUCAUAUUCUUUAAAAUUCACGCGAUCCAUGUAGUAUUUACAUAAACUCAUUGUUGUUUUGGUCUUCUAAAUAUUCAAAACAUAAAACAUUACUCCGAAAGUCUUACAGAAUAAAUGUUGUAGAUGGAA